UGGAUAAUAAUUGACAAGAUGCUCCCGCAAUCUCGUGAUUUAAAAAAUGACGCAGCCCGUCCAAAAAUACACACCGAUAGCGGCUGUAAUGCACCCGUUGUGCGAGUUGUCAAAGAUAUGCAUGGACUCGUAUAUAAGCUGGUGCUCAUACAAGGCGUAGGGCGGGUAGUUUCUAGACAAGCCGACGUGCAGCUCACAAUGACAAUGUACGUAACUCGUAAGGAUGCAUGCUAUAUUGAGCAGAUCUUCGAAAGUUUCUACGACAACCAAUUACCAAGUGAUUUUAUAAAAAUCUAUGAGCACACCGAAUGCAACCCCUAUGUUAAGUCAGUGACAAAUAUAAUGCCCGUUGGCCUACAGAAAGCUGUGUUAACUAUGUGUAGAGACGAAGAGGCAAUAGUAUAUAUAGAUCCAUUGAUGGCCUAUGGUUGCGCCGGGCUGAACUAUGGAGACAAAGCAAAAGAACAGAUCCAGCCGAGCACCGCUCUUGUUUACAAGAUUCGUCUUAUACGUUGGAAAAUAAAUAACAACGCAGAACAACUUGAGCAGUUUUCAAGCCUACAAUCAGCAACGCCUACUUUCGUCGAACUGCUUGCCCAGGCUAGAAAACAACUGCUUGCAGGAAAAAAAUUCACCGCAAUGCAGUCGUUGAGGAGAGGCAUCACAGUGCUCGAAACAAUACCAAUCGAUCAAAGGAUCCUUGAGCCGAUGCAGAAACAGGAGCAUGAACGAACACUCCUUUAUAUACUAAAGCUUGCGUCGCAGACCGCAAUGCAGUUGGGUUGGUACAAUUUUACUGUGUCGUCCACCCGAAGAGCACUCCAAAUCGAUCCCAAAAACACUGAAAUUAUCUUUUUACAAGGCUGCGCAUACUUCGCCCUUGGUUAUAGUGACAUAGCAAGACAAAAGGUGCGUCAAGCCCAUCUAAGGGAUGUUACCAAUAGAGAUUAUAGGGAAAAGCUUGAUGAAAUCAAUCGACACGUAACCCUAAUCGAUGACUCUGAGUCGGAUGAUGAAUGCCACCAAGACUACGAGCAAAUGGCUAGUAUAAUAAUGGAAAGAAAGGCGGCAAAUGCUGGCCGUAUAGUCGAAGACGUGAUGAAGCUGUGUAAGGAGCUGGCUGACUCUGGAGAACCAGAUGUUUUGAUACGCGGCGGAUUUUCUUUUGAGGACGUGAAAUCCAUUCUAAAUGCUUUGCAGUCUGAAAUGGAUAGCGAAAUAGUUGUGAAGUUAUUCCGUGAGAACAUAGAGGUGGAAUUUCUUUGCAACUAGAUUAAACAGCGUAUUACAUAAUAGGCAUCAUAACCAAUCAACUAGGUGACCUACAAAGAGUGAAAUCCUGAGUUUUUCUAUUUUAACUAAAGGUCAACUCUAUCAAAUUAUCAACAAAGGUACGGAUACGAAUGUCAGACCGUCAAUAUCAUUCUAUAUGUGCAACUGUUUUUUAUCAAAAAAUAAUUAUAUUUCCCAGUUUUAUCAAAAAGUUUCUAAUUUACUUUUUAAAUUAACCGUAGUAUUUGGCAAGAAGGUUAAAUAUGAGGCCUUUUGAGUGUUCUCGUAAUUAUCUGCAUUUGUAACGUCUACUUAUUGAACUACUUCAUUGUAUAUUCUGUUUCACAAUGUAUAUUUCAAAUUUAUUAAUAAUUUAUUUUGAUUAUGUGGGAGCUUGUAAAACCUUGUAACGCUAACUUCAUAUUAGGUCAUGAACCUUUUCAAACAUUUACACACAAUAAAAUGCGCCUGAAAUCCAGCAGAUUUCCUAUUAUUACUGCUAUUGUUAGUAUAAUUAGCGCCAGUUGAGUCCCACCGUUACAAUUAUAUAAUUACAGCGCGCCCUAAAAUUGUUUUGAGUGAGUAUGUAAAUGUCAAUGAGGAAAGUUACCUUUAAUAAACUGUUUUAUAGCUAAUUCGGCGAAUUCAAGAAACAAAAAACAAGCUUCAUCUCUUUUGGAAAAUUACGAGGCAAACUCGGCAUCACAGUGCUAUACGAAACGAAACUUAGUCAGAAACAGUAGGUGGUGGUUUUUUAAGCUCUUUAUCAUUUACUAUUAACAUACGUAUUGUAAUGCCUUAUAAGCCACAGAAGUGACAGUAAAAUUCUAUAUAUAUCGAAAAAUUGUGAAAGGCAAGGUUGUAAAGCUUAUUCAUAUAUGUUACAUGUACAAAUGUUGGGUCGCUCAGUAUAACAUGCAAGAUAGUGAUCUCCUGACCGUUCAUGCCUUCGUCACAAGCAUAGUUCUCUUAUUUUCAAUUGAACUAUUCAUCAUUAUUAAUGACCCUCUGCUAUUAGGUAGUACCUUAUCUAUUCCGCGGCCUAGUCUAUUUGCUAGAGAGCUAAGGUCUCAAAAAGAACAUGUUCAGACAUGUUAAAAUGAACAGUUUUGCUAUGAAGAAAUUUACGUAAGUGAUGUUAAGAUGAUGAAGUAGAUGACAAUGAACGACUUGUAACCUUUGGAUGAUCGCUACCGUGACUCCUGCUGUAUGAAAUAAACGUUAUCGUGAGGUUGGGAGUGAUUUACUUUUGUUCACUGAGUUUAGUUUCUAAUAGAGUUUUUCAUCAUCUCCGAAAC